AUGCUUUCUGUAGAUAAUGUUGUACAAAAGCUAGCUUCUUUGCCUUUUUUGGGUCACACAGGCAUUGAUGCUAUAGGGCUUAGUGGUGGUGUGUUUAUAUGUUGGUUUGCUCCUUUAGGACUAGUUCCGGUUUUUAGAUCUCAAAAUGUUUUUCUCUGUAAAUUGGUGCAAGGAGAUGAAAUAAAAAUAUGUGAUGUUUGUGUGGAAUUUUAUUCGGAUAAGUUAGAUGGUAAUUUCUCGAUUCCUGGUCAAUUUGAUUUCAUAAAUUGGCGUAUGGGUUUAGAUUUGGUAGAUGUUCCUUUUUCAGGUCCAAAGUAUACCUGGACUAAUAAUAGGAUUGAUUCUGAUCCCAUUUUCGAACAUCACGCGGCUAUUAUCUUGUCAGAUACUACUGAUUCGGACAGUAACAAACGUCCUUAUCGAAUUGAACUUUGGUGUUUAUCUGCUUUAGAGGUGCAUAAUAUCAUUGCUUCCGUUUUCUCCUUAUUCUUUCCAGGAUCUCCCAUGUUUUCCUUGUCCCAUAAACUUUCUGUUUCUCGGGAUCGUCUUCUUGCUUGGUGCAUUUCUCACAAGAAGGCAUGGGGUAUAAAUUGGAAGCAAUUAGUGUUUGAGGUUACUCAGGCUUCAAAUUCUCUCUGUUCCCGAGUGGAUCGAUGUUUGUUUAUUUCUACUAAGAAUGAAAAAGUGGCGGAAGCUCAAGCAGCUUACUUGUUUUGGCAACAAAGGGCUAAGCUUAAAUGGGAUGCGCUGGGGGAUUCUCAUUCUCGUCUUCUUUUUUCCUCAGUUCAAUCUCGAAAACGGAAGAAUAAGAUUUUGGGCCUUCGAGAUUCUAUUGGAACUUGGCAUAGGGAACCAGUUCAAAUUGCUUCAAUGAUUUUGGACUUUUAUCAGGACCUUUAUACGACCUCAGAUCAGGCUUCGUCAUAUGAUGCAGAAUGGUGGGAUAGUGUCCGAUUACCCACUCUAUCUUCUGACCGGCAGAAUUUUCUAAUGACGCCUUUUUCAUCGGAGGAAAUCAGGAUUGCUAUUUUUAGUAUUGAAGAUAGCAAGUCCCCUGGUCCUGAUGGGUUUCCUUCUGCUUUUUUCAAGAUUAUGUGGGAUUUAGUGGGUUCUUCGGUGGUUUCAGCUGUUCAACAUUUUUUUGCUCAUGGUUAUCUGUUGAAAGACUGGAAUCGUACAUUCUUGGCUUUAAUUCCGAAGGUGGAUAGUCCGGAAGUUGUUUCUCAAUUUCGUCCAAUAGGCUUGUGUAAUGUGAUCUACAAAUGUAUUGCGAAGUGUCUCACGGGUCGUCUUCGACAAGUGUUACCUAGUUUGGUAGCUGGUUUUCAAAACGCUUUUGUUCCAGGCCGUCUUCUCUCGGAUAAUGCGUUAAUCGCUCAUGAGGUUCUUAACUAUGUGAAUAAGCCAAAAGCUAAGAAGAAAUUCUUCGCAGCUAUUAAACUGGACAUGAAUAAAGCCUAUGACAGGGUUAAUUGGGAUUUCCUGUUUCGUUUGCUUCAGGCUUAUGGGUUUCCCCCAUAUUGGAUUCAAAUUAUUCGUCAGUGUGUUUCCACAGUUUCCUUUCAGGUGUUGGUUAAUGGUAAUCCUCUUAAGGCUUUUCAGCCUCAGUGUGGUCUUCGACAAGGCGACCCUUUAUCCUCCUAUUUGUUCGUUCUAUGUAUGGAAGUGAUUAACCUACAGAAAUCUGCUGUGAAGUUUAGUCCUAAUACUCCGACGGAUUACCGUGAUUUUCUUGCUCAGAGUUUAAAACUUCAGGUUACGCCUUCUCUGGGCUCUUACUUAGGUUUGCCCGUGGAGUUAAGUCGCAGUAAAGUGGCAGAUUUUGGAUUCCUUAUAGAUAAGGUUGUUCAACGUCUAUCAUGUUUUGCUUCAUUACGCCUUUCUUCUGCUGCAAAGUUGGUUAUCAUUAACUCAAUUUUGGUUGCCUCUUUCAACCAUAUUUUGUCAGUUUUUAAGGUUCCUUCUUCGAUCUGCGCUAAGAUUGAUAAUUUGUUGGCUCGUUUCUGGUGGAAGUCGGAUCCUCAUUCUCGGGGCCUUGCUUUACGAUCCAAGACGCUUCUGCAUCUCCCAAAAGGAAUGGGAGGUCUGGGCAUUCGUCGUUUGGAUUCCUUCAAUUCUGCACUUUUGGCUAGGGAAUGUUGGCGUAUACAAAACAAUCCUCAACUUCUUAUUUCCAAGCUUCUUUUCGCGAAGUAUCCUUCUCUUAGGUCUGUUCAGACUAGAUCGAUUUCUGGAUCUUCUUGGGGUUGCCGUGGUUUGUUGCAAGGGUUAUCUGUUUUGUCAAAGGGUAUAGCUUGGAAGGUUGGUUCUGGUUCUCAAGUUCGUGUUCUUGAGGAUGCUUGGGUUCCAGGGGAACCUCUCUCUUUUCGCAACAAUUGUGAGAUGCCUCUUCCAUCUCAUGUUUCUUCUAUUAUUAAUCCGCGUUCUUACGCGUGGGAUAUGGUUCUAGUUCAUUGGCUUUUUGAUUCCUCUACUUCAAAUCUUAUUUUGGCUUUGGAACAUCCGACCAGACCGAUGGAUGAUUUUGUGUACUGGAAAUUUUCAAGGGAUGGAAAUUUUACUACCAAGUCCGCCUAUGCUAUGAUGCUUCGUCAGUUUAGUCCUUCUGAUGGGGUGUUCCCCUUUUCCUCUGCAUGGUGGAAGGUGUUUUGGAAUCUGCCUAUUUUACCAAAAUUGCAAUGCUUCUGUUGGAAAUUCGUACAUAAUGUUUUACCCUUAUUCGGGACUCUUCAAGCUCGUGGAAUUCCGGUAGACUCAAAUUGUGUUCUUUGUCAUAAUAAUCAGGAGACGGUUGAUCAUUUGUUUCGUGACUGUUCCUUUAUCAACAGUCUUUGGUCUGCCAAUCCAAUUCUUCAGAGCCUUACAGUUCGUGGUGAUCAGCCUUUUUCUGUUUGGUUUGUCGAUAAGGUGUUACUCUUACGAAGAUCCAAGUCUUGGGAAGCUUUAAUGGUUUUGAUUUCGUUUUUAUGGGCAAUUUGGAUAGCUCGUAAUCAUAAGGUCUUUCGACAAGCUGUGAUUUCUCCAGCGUUUAUUCUCCUCACAAUGCAAGAUUGGACGUCGAGGGGCUUAGCAUCUCAGGAAUUUAAAUCCUCUUCUUUAGUUCCCAGCAUUGGCUCCAGAGCAGGUUGGGUUUUUAGAAGGCCAAGUUCGGAAUUAGUGAUUGGUGGGGGUUCCAGAGCAUUUCUUUCUUCCUCUGCUUUACACUCGGAGUUACAGGCAUUGUUAUGGGCUCUUAGAUCUGCUGGUCAUCGUGGUUUUAGAAGCUUGUUGAUUUAUACGGACUGUUUCACUUUAUUAUCUUUGCUUCAAGACAGGGGAAGUAAGGAUAUCUCCUGCUGCUGGUUGAUACAGGAUAUUAAAGAUCUCAUUCGAAGAUUCUCUGCUUGCGAACUCAGAAAGGUCCCUCGUCAAUGGGUCGCUCCUGCUCAUUGGGUCAUUUAUUCAGUAUUUUUGGCACUGACUACAGCCCAGUCAGAUAGGAUAACUGCCCACUUUGCCCACUACACCCAUGAUUUUGUAACUACCCACUACUUGGAUGCACACUUGGAUGAAUCUGGACCUGUCCACGUAGUCAGGGAAGUUAUCCACGUUCUGCAUGCCCUUGUAACCGUUUGGUAA